GGAAAGUGCCAAAACAUGUGAGAGAGCGUUAUCACAUGUUAGCGACUGCAGAAUAUAAAUAGUUUCAUUAGUAUUUAACUAUUAAAGUACGUAGUAAAGUCGUUUUAUCGGCUUGGGAAAAAGGUUAGAAUUCAUCUGAUAAAUCCAAAUUGAGAGUAACUGAGAAGGAGUUUGAGAAUCCCAUCCAUAAGCAUGAGCCUACUGCCCCGCACCGCUGAGGAGUUCAGCUCAGCCGACUACUGGGAGCGCUUUUUCCGUAAAAGAGGAGAGAAGGCUUUCGAGUGGUACGGAGACUACAACUCCCUCUGCGGUGUACUGCAUAAAUACAUUAAACCUCGUGAUAAGGUGCUGGUGGUGGGUUGUGGUAACUCUGAGCUGAGUGAACAGCUCUACGAUGUUGGCUACCAUCAGUUAACCAACAUCGACAUCAGCGAGACUGUGGUGUCUCACAUGAACCAGCGGAACGCAGAGCGCCGUCCUGACCUGACCUUCCAGCAGCUGGAUGCCACCCAGACAGGCUUUGAGAGCGGGAGCUUUCAGGCAGCUCUUGAUAAGGGCACGCUUGAUGCCAUGGCUUCAGAAGAGGACGGUGCACUUGCAGGCAGGAUGCUGGCAGAGGUUGGCAGAGUUUUGGCCGUGGGGGGCCGAUAUGUCUGCGUAACUUUAGCACAGGAGCACGUCAUAAAGCUGGCGGUGGAACAUUUUGCCCAGGGCUGGGCUGUACGAAUUCAUUGUCUUAAUGGCCAGCAAAGUGAAGAAUCUGAUUCUUCCUUCGCCCUCCCUGUAUUUGUUCUGGUCUGCACCAAAUUCCGCCAAGCACCUCCGUUUGCAGUGCUGGAGUUGUGUCAGGGGGAGGAUGGUGCUCCCACUAGACUCUCAUCAGUACCGGAGCUGUUGUCCGCUGUGAAGGAGAGACAGGCCUACAAUCUAAUGCUGCAUAAGCUCAAAGGUGGAACAGAUGCUAGCAGUACACCGUCCCUCACGCUGUGCCAUGCAGCCACCGGCCGGCCGCGAUACACUUUGACAGUGCAAGAUAGCCUGCCUUCUGCCAAGCUGCCACGGAGUAAUCACUUCGCCAUCUUUAUCGUUCCUCAGGGUCGUGAGUCUGACUGGUUAUAUGGCUCGGCUGAAGGUCGGACUCAAUUAGCGUCUAGUGCAAAAUUCAGGCGUCUGGUCAUUGUGGCGAUGCAUCGAGAUCAGGAGUAUGAAGACAUGCAGGCUGUCCAAUCAGAGCUCUCUCCAAUGGUGAUGGAACUCGCUCCUCCUGGAAUGCCAGCCAAUCAGCAGGUGCCUUUCCUGUCUGUGGGAGGAGAUCUGGGGUGGAGGGAAGUCAUCGGACGAGGGGUCAGCGGUUUGACUGGAGAGUAUUCUGUGGAGGAUGUGAGAGGAGAGGAUGGUCACCUCUAUCGCAGGCUGAUCUUCAUGAACAAUUCCCAGCUGGUGCAGUCAGAGAGCAGACUCCGGUCUGCUGCCACAGCUUCUUCCACUCAUAAAAAGAAGAACAAGAAAAAAUCCAAACCGUCUGUUUCUGAAGCCCCUGCUUUAACGGGUGUUAAAGAUCGCAUUGUGGACAGAGGUUUUCUCUGCUGUACUCACCAUGAAGUCAUGGUGGCUGGUUUAGCCAUGCUAGGAAUGGAUGCAAUCAAUAAUAAAGAUCACCCAGUGUCCGUGUUACUGGUGGGACUAGGUGGUGGUGGUUUACCCCAGUUUGUGCAUGACUUUGUGCCGUGUUCACGGGUGGAAGUGGUUGAACUGGACCCAGCUGUGCUGGAAGUGGCUCAGACCUGGUUUGGAUUUCAGUCCGACGAGAGGCUGAAAGUUAUACUUGGAGAUGGACUGGAACACAUCAAAACACUGGAGAGCGAGGGUGGACAUUCUUUUGAUGUCAUCAUGUUUGACGUUGACAGCAAAGACACCACCCUGGGCAUGAGCUGCCCUCCACCUGCCUUUGUAGAAACAUCACUUCUGAAGAAAGUUUACAGCUUGUUAACCCCUCGAGGACUAUUCAUGUUAAACCUAGUGUGUCGUGACUCGGCUCUCAGGAAAUCGGUUCUUGAACGUGUUCAAGCUGUGUUCCCGUGCGUGUUCUCUCGUGGAAUCGAGGGUGAAGUCAAUGAGGUGCUGCUGUGUUGCAGAAGUGCAGGAGAGGGACACAAAGCUCAAGCCAUUCCACAAACAUUACAGCAGACAGCAAAAGACUUACAGAAGACACUACGUGCCAGCACCCAGAAUGCACCAUGUGUGCCUCAAAUAGACAUUACUGCAAUGCUGAAUGACCUGAAAGUCAUCUAAAGAUUGAGAAAACAUUGGAGUGAAAACUAAAAACUAGUGCUGGGCAACGAUAAAUCACGAUUAAUCGAAAGCAAAAUAAAGGUUUUUGUGCACAUAAUAUAUGUGUGUGAAUACAUGUAAAUACAUGUAAAUAUUUUCAAAAUAUAUACUGUAUGUGUGUCUUUAUAUAUACACAGUACACACACACACACAUAUAUAUAUAUAUGUACACAAAAUUUGUAUUUUGGAUACAGUUUAUCACAAUUAAUCGUUGCACAGCACUACUAAAAAUAAUAAAAUAAAUGGCUGGUUUGGCCUGAAAAAUAUGCAUAAUUUUCAAGGUUAAUAAAUUAACUUGACUGUAAACUUGUGUUACAAGACCUUUCACAAAAUGGCAUAUAGCCUGGUUUAUGUUGCAGCUAUUCUGGAAAAAAAAAAUGGAGGGAAUUGUCUGACUGAUCUUUAAAGCAACCAUCACGGUUUGUUUAGACAUUGCGUAGCAUUUAGGGAAAUUUCCAUCUGAAAUAAAACCAUUCUUUUCCAGCCGUUUGAAAGAUCACAGCACAAUAAUGUCAAAUAUUUAAACAUAUUGUGUAUAUAUGAACAUUAUAAUGCCCUUUAUCAUUGAUGAUCUGUAUCUAAAUGAAAAGACCUUCAUCAAUAGACAAACAACAUGCAAAACCUUUGCACUUUAUAAGUCAAAUAAUAACAAUAUAGGGAGUACACUUUAUGUUCAGACAAAAAUAAGACUCGCUAGGGUCAGUAUACUGAAAAGAAUUUGGUGGUGAGAUUUCUGAGUUUUCACUCAGAAAUUGCUGAUCAGUUUUACAAAUAAUUACAAAGAAAUGGCACACAACAAAAUUUUGAGGUAGAAAGACUGAAAUAUUUUUGUAAAAACUCUAAUAAUGUUUGUUUUAUUAACAGCUUAGUUAUAAUCAUUCUUAUAGUAAACAUUUUAUCUUGCUGGACUGGAUUCAAGUUUAAACAAACAUAAAAUUAUUAAAGAACAUGCUGUUAUCUCAAGGUCAUUCUUUCAGCAAAGAAUGAAAGUGAAUCAAAGUAAUAGUCCUGAAACAAA